GUUACCCCUUUCCCACUUCUUCCUCAAAAAAAAAUAUCUCUUGCCAUAAUAAGGUACAAUCAUCACACACACAGAGUACAUUACCUGUGAAAGCACCUUUAGUAUUAUUCAAAAGUAGUAUUAUGGUUUUAGUGGAACCUUUAAAUAAAUUACUACCAUAAUCGGAGUCAAAUUCAAGCUCAAAUUUGAUGGGUUUAAUUUUUAAAAAGUUUAUCGUCCAAUUUACCACGCGUUUGAAAUUAUAGAUUCAGUUUUAACAUUUUAAUGAUUUUUUGCUUAUAUAUCUAUUUUUUGUGUUUGAAAAUAUUGGAUUUAGUUAAAUAUGCAACAUCCACCAAAGGAACCUUUUCUAGUACAUUUCCACAAAUUCACACGCACACGCACUAAGAAAAGGUUAGUUACUUGUCCAUAUAAUUAUAUACCAAAAUAUAAGUGGAGAACCAUAAUACCAAAAAAGCAAGAUUCUCUAGAGGAAAAAGAAAAAAAAAGAAGAAGAAUGGGGAACAACAUUGGAGGAAAUAAGAAGAAGACAAAGGUGAUGAAGAUUAACGGCGAAAUCUUGAAACUGAAAACACCAGUAACAACCUCGGACGUAGUAAAAGACUACCCAGGUCAUGUUUUACUGGAAUCAGAAGCAGCGAAGAAAUUUGGUGUGAGAGCUAAGCCACUGGAACCAGAACAAGAACUGAAGCCAAACAAAAUAUAUUUCCUUGUAGAAUUGCCUCUGUUUCCUAAAGAAGAAAAUCGUAGAGUUCCAAGAAGAGUGAAAUCUGCUGUUCAGAUGAGUGCAAAGGAUCGGCUCGAGUGUCUCAUGUUAACACGAAGAUCGGCUUCUGAUUUGUCGAUUUUGAAGCCGAAUAAUGGACCUAUUCAGUUGAAGAUGAAGCUGCCGAGGACUUUAGUUCAGAAGCUGGUAGAAGAAAGCAGAGAUGAAACAGAGGUGGCUGAGAAAAUUAUGGAUCUUUGUAUGCCGAAUUCCAGUUAUGGCAGUUAAUUAGUUUUUUUGCUUGGUUUGCAGCUCUUAACUUUUUUUGUUUUGGUUUGGUUGUGAUUUGUGAAGUACAGAUGAUAAGGUCAAAUUUAGUUUCAAGAAUUGCAUAUAGUUUCACAGGUCCUUCUGCUUGCCUUUAAUUUUUCUUUAAUGGAACCAUCUGUUUAUUUGGUGGUAGUGUUGUUAUAUGUAUUGAUUGUGUUGUUUAA